AUGGGGAAGAGAAGAGGCGUCUCCGCCGUGAACGUGUUUUUCGGGUGGCUGAGAAAGCAAUCGAAGAAGGUUAAGAUAACUUUAGGGAUAAUCUUCUCUCUGCUCCUCGUCGUGUUUCUUAAACUCGCCGUUAAGAAUUACAAUCACUUUUUUGUUGCUUCUGAGCUCAUCCAUGCAACCGGUAUCAUAAUCCUCAUCUACAAACUCACCCGACAAAAGACUUGCUCCGGUCUUUCUUUAAAGUCUCAAGAAGUGACAGCAGUGUUUCUUGCUGUGAGACUGAUCUGCAGCAUAAACAUGGAAGGUGAUAUCCACACAGUUCUCGAUUUCGCCACUUUUGUUUCAACUCUAUGGGUCAUUUAUAUGAUUCGCUUUAAGCUGAAAGCGUCUUAUAUAAAGACUCUAGACACCUGCCACAAUUACUAUGUGCUUGUUCCAUCUGCUAUAUUUGCGUUGAUUAUCCACCCGAACACGAGUUAUAGUUACAUCCACCGUGUCAUGUGGGCGUUUUGCGUUUACUCUGAAUCUGUCUCUGUUCUGCCUCAGCUUCGAUUAAUGCAGAACGCUAAAAUCAUUGAGCCUUUCACAGCUCACUACGUGUUUGCGCUGGGAGUCGCUAGAUUCUUAGCAUGCGCUCAUUGGCUUAUCCAGGUCUAUGAAACUCGUGGACAUUACCUAUGGCUGAUCGGCGCUGGUUACUUUUGGUUUCCGGUGGCUCUAGUAGCUGAGUUCAUUCAAACCUUCAUCCUUGCCGACUUUUGCUACUACUAUGUCAAAAGUGUUGUGGAGGGUCAGCUUGUACUGAAGAUGCCAGUUUAG